UUUUUUUUUUUUUUUGGUCGGUUUCUGCUUGGCUUGGUGUGCGCUGCUGUAUUUAACCUCCCGCCUCCUCGUCACGCAAGCUGCUUUGCUACUUUUUUUCUUUCUUCUCUUCCCUUUACACUUGAGAAAUCAAUCCUAAUUAUCGAAAUGUCUUUGGAUAACAGUCGUGACGAAUAUGUCUAUAUGAGCAAGGUUGCCGAGCAGGCCGAACGCUACGAUGAAAUGGUUCAGUAUAUGAAGCAAGUUGCUGGUCUUGGUGAGGAACUUACCGUUGAGGAACGCAAUUUGCUCUCUGUCGCCUACAAGAACGUCAUUGGAUCUCGUCGUGCCUCAUGGCGUAUCCUCUCCUCCAUCGAACAGAAGGAGGAAUCCAAGGGUAAUGCCAGACAAGUUGAGAUUAUCAAGGACUACCGUCAAAAGGUUGAGCUCGAGUUGAAGGAUGUCUGCACUGAUAUCCUUAAGGUUCUUGACGAGUCUUUGAUCGCCAAGUCCCAAGCUGGUGAAUCCAAGGUCUUCUACUACAAGAUGAAGGGUGACUACCACCGUUACCUCGCUGAGUUCGCCGCUGGUGAUGAACGCAAGGGUGCUGCUACCUUCGCACACGAGGCAUACAAGGCUGCCACUGACAUUGCCCAGACUGAAUUGCCUCCUACCCACCCCAUCCGUCUUGGUCUUGCCCUCAACUUCUCCGUCUUCUACUAUGAGAUUUUGAACUCACCCGACAGAGCUUGCCAUCUCGCCAAGCAAGCAUUCGAUGAUGCUAUUGCCGAGCUUGACACUUUGAGCGAAGAGAGCUACAAGGAUUCUACACUCAUCAUGCAACUCCUCAGAGACAACUUGACUUUGUGGACCUCAGACUUGCAAGAUGAAAAUGAAAACAGCAAGGCCGAAGAAUCAAGAGCUGACGAGGAAGCACAGUAGACGGAGCGUGUGUUCAAUGAUUUCGCUACACCAUGAUGCUGAUAUAGUAAACCAUUCUAUUCCUUCAUUCUAUGUUUCUAAUUUGAAUUUCUUCUUCUUCUACUUCUUCUUCUUCUUCUCCCUUUCGAUUGGUCGACAAUGGCGUGUUUUUUAUUCCUUCCUGCGAAGACACCAUCUUUCUUUU